GGGACGCAGGGCGCGAUCGCGGGUGCGCCGCCUGCCCUGGUGGCCGCCGCGGCCGCUUCGGUGCGGCAGAGUCCCGGGCCGGCGCUAGCGCGCCUCGAGGGCCGCGAGUUCGAGUUCCUCAUGCGGCAGCCCAGCGUCACCAUCGGCCGCAACUCGUCACAGGGCUCGGUGGACCUGAACAUGGGCCUGUCCAGCUUCAUCUCGCGGCGCCACCUGCAGCUCAGCUUCCAGGAGCCUCACUUCUACCUGCGCUGUCUCGGCAAGAACGGCGUCUUCGUGGACGGAGCCUUCCAGCGGCGCGGCGCCCCCGCCCUGCAGCUUCCCCCCCAGUGCACCUUCCGUUUUCCCAGCACGGCCAUCAAGAUCCAGUUCACAUCCCUGUACCAUAAAGAAGAGGCUCCAGCAUCUCCGCUCCGGCCACUGUACCCCCAGAUCUCCCCGCUGAAGAUCCACAUUCCGGAGCCGGAUCUCCGGAGCCUGGUCAGCCCUAUACCCUCCCCAACUGGCACUAUCAGUGUCCCCAACUCUUGCCCGGCCAGUCCACGUGGAGCUGGGUCCUCUGGCUACCGCUAUGUUCAGAAUGUAACCUCAGACCUGCAGCUGGCUGCGGAGUUUGCAGCGAAGGCUGCCUCAGAGCAGCAGGCGGACACGUCCGGCGGGGACAGCCCCAAGGAUGAGUCAAAGCCACCGUACUCCUAUGCCCAGCUGAUUGUGCAGGCCAUAUCCUCAGCCCCGGACAGGCAGCUAACACUAAGCGGCAUCUACGCACACAUCACCAAACAUUACCCGUACUACAGGACGGCCGACAAGGGCUGGCAGAACUCCAUCCGACACAACCUCUCUCUAAACCGUUACUUCAUCAAAGUCCCGCGGUCCCAGGAGGAACCUGGCAAAGGAUCUUUUUGGCGGAUAGACCCCGCCUCCGAAGCCAAACUAGUGGAACAGGCCUUCCGAAAACGAAGACAGAGAGGUGUCUCCUGCUUCCGCACCCCUUUUGGGCCUCUGUCCUCACGGAGUGCUCCGGCCUCACCCACUCACCCUGGGCUGAUGUCCCCUCGCUCCAGUGGCCUGCAGACUCCAGAGUGCCUGUCUCGGGAGGGCUCCCCCAUUCCACAUGACCCUGAGCUAGGCUCAAAGUUAGCCUCCGUCCCGGAGUACCGGUAUUCCCAAAGCGCACCUGGAUCCCCCGUCAGCGCGCAGCCAGUGAUCAUGGCUGUGCCUCCCCGACCAUCCAACCUAGUGGCCAAGCCUGUCGCCUAUAUGCCAGCCUCCAUCGUGACCUCACAGCAGCCCUCAGGCCAUGCCAUCCACGUUGUGCAGCAGGCCCCCACCGUCACCAUGGUCAGAGUGGUCACCACCUCCGCCAAUUCAGCCAAUGGCUACAUCCUCGCUAGUCAGGGCUCAGCAGGGAGCUCGCAUGACACUGCGGGCACAGCUGUGCUAGACUUGGGCAGUGAAGCCAGAGGAUUGGAAGAGAAGCCAACCAUUGCCUUUGCCACGAUCCCUGCAGCCAGCCGAGUCAUCCAGACCGUGGCCAGCCAGAUGGCCCCUGGGGUUCCUGGACACACUGUCACCAUCCUGCAGCCAGCCACACCAGUAACCAUCGGGCAGCACCAUCUCCCCGUCCGGGCCGUCACUCAGAACGGAAAGCAUGCGGUUCCCACAAACAGUUUAGCCACCAGUGCUUACGCUCUCACCAGCCCCCUGCAGCUCCUUGCAGCCCAGGCGAGUUCGUCCACACCAGUGGUGGUCACCCGGGUAUGUGAGGUGGGGCCCGAGGAACCAGCAGCAGUGGCCACAGUAGCCACCAGUGCCACCCCAACUGCAGUCACCUCUACUGCCACUUCAGCCUCUUCCAGCGGGGAGCCGGAGGUCAAAAGGUCCCGGGUAGAGGAGCCUGGUGGGACAGUGACCACGCAGGCCGGAGUGAUGGCAGCUGCCGGCCCCCAGGGCCCAGGCACCGGGGAAUGAAGUCACCUGCAUGCACGCACAAGGGUGGAGUGGGACUCACCACAGGAGCCCGAGUGGAGCAGACAGCUGCGCCCGGACAGAUGUGAGGGAAGCCUGGCAGCUACCUGCCCCUUGGCUGCCACACCAGAAAACUCGUCCUGCCCAAUUAUCUCCUGUCCUCCCGAAGUUGGAAACAAAAACACAUAAAUAAGUUCAGACAACUGAUUGUAUGCUUCUGGGGAUUCUGCGUGUCUUUCUUUCUCCUUUUGUACCAUUGUCCCUCCCUGGCCCUUUGGUCAAGGGUGUGGGGAGAAGAUCAAGCCCCAGCACCUCAGGAACCCAGCAAGAUGCCCCCUGUGACAAGGAGGACCGCAUCCCACGUCCUGGCCUCAGAGCUCUGCCGAGACAGUGCCAACAGAAGUGCAGCUGUGCAUAGCCCAAGGCCUCUCUGGGAGACAGAACAGGAACCAGUUCCUACUCUAAACCAGGAAUAGGCCAGAGAAAGGCAGGAACUGUCAAACUGGAGACUGGUUUUGGUGCCUUCUCCCCAAAAUGGCAUAGAAAACAUCAGCAUUAAAUGGGAUGGGGAGGGGAGUUGUCUGGUUUGGCUUUGGAACCCAAGUGUUUCUUGCUGUGUUAAAACAUGGCAUACAGGCUUAUUCCAGAUUGGAGCCAAAAGCCCAUGGGGCCCUGUGUCUUCAAAGCUUUCAUCCAUUGACAGUUGAGUAGCUGUGGUCACCCAGCCAUCAGCCCCCCCUAGGAGAGUGAGCCGGCCGCCCCAUCUGAUAACUUCAAGAAGGAUCAGCGGCUCCUAGUUAGCAUCAAGACGGAAGCCCCAGGUAGAGAUUGGUGGAGAUUUCUCCAGCCGAAGCACGACCCAUGUGCCACAUCACAGGCCCAAGACACACAGGCAGAUGGUGCUUGGGGAAGGAGCCAGUCACCUACUUGGCAGUGAGGACUUUCAUGUGCCUGUCACUGGAAGACACAGGAGAGGUGAGCUCCAAGUUUGUGGCACCUCUGAUGUCCUGAUGCUCAUGGCCAAUGGGACACAAUCUGCUCACAUUCUUUCCAGCCACAUUCCAGUUUCUCGACCACCCCAAAUCGACCCACUGUUUGAAAUUGGAACUGUUUCUUCUGCCUCAUGCUUGGGGCCUUGGGUCAGUUAGCAGGCAGGAAACGCUCCUCAGGCAGCAGCAGGAAGCCCUGUGCCAACGUCACUGGCGUGACUGCAACAUGGUGAGAACCAAAGGACAGGAUCAGUUGAUCCCAGGUCCCUUAUGGAAGCCCCUCUGCUUGUCCUGACCAACAGCCAGCCUUGAGCUCUGUCAUAGAAGGAGUAAAGUGGGAGCCUCUUGCCCUGGCUCCUCUUGGAUGAUGCUUUCAGGAAACAUCACUACAUCUUCAUAGAAGUCAGCCUCCAGGAAGCCAGUCCCUCUUUUGUGGCUUUGGAGGUGGAUCAUCUCAGGAGCAAAAGCAUGGUGGGCACAGCUCCUGGAGGCACAGCCUGCCUCACCAUCACAGCCUCACCAGCAGACAGCUCCCCUGCCUUGGGCCUGACAGGAAAGCCCCCACAGAUCAGGUCCUGAGCAGUACAGGACGGAGUAGUAGCCUGUCCACAGGAGCCAGGAGAGCCAGCAGCCGGCAGGGCACGCAACACCUUAAUGGAGGGUGCAGCUUUGAUGGUGACUCCAAGGUAGCACUGGAAGGCAGGCCACAGCCAGGCUGGGACAGGGCUGGUAGGCAAUGUGCCAGCCCCAUGCAGUAUCCGCUAGCACUUGGCCUGCCCCACUGGGAAAAAAAUCCCUCUCCUGUUGCUUUUUAAAGCCCUCCCCUUGCUAUGGCACUAAAAACUUCAAUGGGAAAUAAGCUCUGUUCUGAAGUUCGUAUCUGUGUGGCCAUGGUGGAGUUUCAGCAAAUCAGGUGCCGGUAACAGCAGUUGACCAGUUGACUGUGCCCUUGCCAGAUGGUGCCACAGAGAUGUGGCUUCCUUCACACCAACGGUUUCUGCUGCGCUGCUCUCUUCCUAUAAAUGCGGUCUCCUAUGUGCCUGGUGCCUGUGUGGGUCAGGGGAGGAGGGUUAGGGUGAGGGGGUCUGAGGAACUGUGUGACAAGGGGCAUUAGGACCUCUUGUGUCUUUCCCUUUCUUGGGCCUCAUUUGUGCCCAAACUGCAGGAUCUUAUCAGUCUGUCUCCAACUUGUUUGCUCUCCUGGCAUCAGGGACAUUCUGUCCUCUGUUGGUGACUUUGAUAUGGUGCCAGGGGAAGGGGUGGGGAGGACAGAGACAUGCCCAACUGCAAAGAGGGAUGGGGGAGGGAUCUUUGGGAUCAGUGCGGAUGGUUUGGUGCAGAGGCCUCUGCCAGAGGGACUGGUCUGGGGGUGCAGGAUGAGUGAGGGUCUCUGGUUGCCCACCAGGCAGCACACCUGGCUUGGAACUCACUAACCAAAAGCCAUAAAUCCUGACCAGAGGCCCCUGGUGUGUGCCGAGCCUCCCCACGGGGCCUUUCUUGAGUGCAUCCACAGGGUCAGAGCCCAGUUGUGUGCCAAGAGAGCUGAUGCUGGGCUCGGGAUGCCCGUGACCCUCCACAGGACAAGGUCCCAAGCAGCCUUCUUCAUGGCUGAGGGAGAGCUGACCAGCCAUGGUUCUGACAAAGGGUGAGCAUUACUGCAGCUGUGGAUCCUGAGGACCUGCUGGGUCACCCAGGGUCCCUGGCACUGCACGGCCUGAGGUGGAGAGGAAACCAAGAGGGGCACCACCAUCACCUCAGCUCAUCUGAUGGGCUGUAGAUGGAGACUGGUGUCCACUCGCAUCCAGUGCUUUCUGCCCAGCCAUUGCCACACUUACAGAUGUAAGAAUGGGGUCAGUGACAGAAGUCACUGGUUUUAAACAGUUGGGUGCAUCCCACCAAGACCAGCUUUGUAGUGCUGGACAUGAGAAGGACUCCUGGCCACUGUGGCACCGGCUGCAGCGGGGGAACACAGGGAGGCCCAGGGCACCGGGCCCGGAGAGCAUGGAGCAUGCUGCAGCACUGUGCUCUGCACCUGGCUUCCUGGAUGAAGCCCGGCCUGGCUGCCCUGGAGGAAGUCUCUAACCUUGCCUUCAUGCUUCUUUCCAAAUCCUCAGAAGUCACGCAGAUCACACCUCUCCUGUGGUCAGGACCGUGCUGCCCAGUCUCACAGACUUUUGUCGCUGAAUCCUCCCUGGGGAAGGCUGGAGCCCAGAGUCUGGGGCCACUGGGAGAGGCAGUAUGGAGCAGUCCUCAGCCUCCCUCCCGAGGCCUGCUUUGCCCCUACGCGUUAGUUGUCUGUCCUUUUUGUUAGUGGAAAUGAACUGCUACAUUGCUAGGGAGGUGUUGGGUGAUCCCAGGUCCUGCUCCCUUUCACAUGGGGAGGGAGCAGAUGGGCUUUACCCAGGCUGGGAUCGAUGUUUUCCUGCCUGUCCCCCACCUCACCUGGUCCCCAGGGGUAUGAAGCUGAGGCAAGGCCUUGGCCCCUGCCCAUAGCUCUUCUUUGCCCUCACCAGGCCUGGUGACAGCCUGCUAUGAACUCACAGGUGUCACUCGGUUGGCACUUGUCUUACCGCUGAUACAGAGAGCGCUCUCCAGGGACCUUGUGUGAGUGGGGAGGGUUCCUGGUAGACCGAAACCUCUACUUAGGGAGAUUUAAUUCAGGAGGAAGAGAAAGCUGCCCUCAGGCUUAGGAGCCGUGUGCUCCUUUCUACAGACAGAAGACCAGACCUCACUUGCAACACAAGAACUUAGAUGAAUGUGAGUCAAUGUUAGAAAAAAAAAAAAAAAAAUUUUCCCAUAGCUUUUAGAGAAUAGAAACAAAUAGUGGGAGGGGACACUGCUUUUCUUUAAAAGCCUCAAAUUCCACUUUGCCCUCAAGUGGCUUCUUGUGGUCUGAGGGAUGCGGCCAUCUCCGGAUGGGCGCCCUUGGCUGUCCUGCACACCGGCACCCCGGACAGUGAUUCCAUGCCAUGGCGCAGUGCUUGCUCCAGACUGAGUACACAAAGUGGCUCUAAGACUACUCUAGUAAAAAGAGCCUUUAGAGCCCAGGAGUGGCCCCACCAUGGACUGCCGGCUUCAGAUGGGAAUGCAUUCACCGCAGCCUGGUCUCUGGCCUCCUCUAGAAUACCUCUGCCUCGAAGCAAUAUUAUUUAAUAAGAACAAUAUGGGUUGUUCACGUUGCUGCUAUGAAGACAGAAUCUUAGGCCGUAGCUCUGGAGGGCCCCUUCACAUGCUUUGGUUCUCUGAGGUGAGGGCAGAGUAUAGACUAGAACUGGUCCCCUGCCAGUUUCUGGCUUCACUCAUCACAGUCCGCUCCUGUCCUUUGCAGCUCUUUGUACUUCCUAAGUUCCUUUCUCUGGGCCUUGUUUUUCCCACUGGGGUUUUCUGAGUACACAGGACACCCCUGGUCAUCGUUGUGCUUGCUCCUCUUGCUCAGGUCUAGGGCAGGACAUCUGCCCCUGGCAUCUUCUCUCAGUACCAAAAGCUGCCCCGCUGGUGCCUGGUGUCUGGCAAGCACUCCUUUCCUGCUGCAGCCAGAGAUCCAGAUUGUCUUGAGUGUGGGAUAGAGAAAGGUUCAUCCAUUUGGGACCUGCUAUCUCCUCUGUCCUCCCGGAAGUCACCACUGCUUGGCAGAGAAGGAUUGUGUUAGAUGACUGGAUGUUUUCCCUGAUCUGAAAUAAACAGUGGUCUAUUCCACUGACUUCAUGUAGGAAAGAUGUUUUACACUUAGGUUCAUCAACAAAAGUUGCUUGAGCAGCUCAUUGCCAUUCCAGCAGCUCUAGGUACUCUGUCCAGCUGCUCUUCUCUAGAGGGACUGGGCUCCAAUCUCCAGGCCCCAGCUCUGCUGCUGGAGGGAAUAUCUGAAACUACAUGGGAGGGGGGUAGCUGCCCCACGGAGGUGCUUCCUGGGCGUGUAAAGUGGGUGGCAUUCUCCAGGAGGUGAUGGGAAUGUCUUCAGGGCAAAGCACCCAAAGGACAGAAAGAGGUAGGAGCAGGAGGUCAUUGCUGGAGGUUUCUGCUGGUCACAUCGUGACCCAAAGUCUGAGUUCAACCCCAAAGCCCAACCCACCACCCUGCUGGAACUUCCCAGUGUAUUCUUGUGCCAGACUGAAAUGAAGAUUUCUUCUUUCACUGGGUGUGCCUUGGGGAUUUGUUAGCUUCUUUUACGUAGGCUGUUGGUUGGGCUGCUCAGUAUUGUAGUACAGUUAAGAGGGCCAUGGUCCUUUUCCUAGGGAGAACCUCCACUUAAAAGCCCUUACUCUUUCUUUGCACCUGCUUUUUCUGUCAACCACGAAAAUGGGAAGAAAAGCCCAGCCCCAGACAAGUGGCAGGUGACCUCUGUCCUUGGGUCAAACAGUUGUGGACACUGGCGCAUGGGACCCCAAGGCCCGGAGAGCAAGCAGCAUCCUCAGGUCAUGACCUUUGGGUUGUGGUCGUCCAGAGGCCGCCAAGGACAACUGGAGGGGGCGCCAAGGGACCCUCUCAUCCUCACACCUUAAGAGUAAAAGGAGAUCAGAAGAGUCCUGCUUUUUGUUCUUUAUUUGGGGAUCUGUUUCUGAUCUGUGUAGGGAGCUGGGCCCGAGUGAGUGGGGCUGGACACGCCCCAUCCUCUGGGUUUUCUUCCUACAGUAACAGCACUUACCCCGAGUCUAGCACUAUCCCCUGGUUCCUGGCCAGGCUGGCUGAGCUGGGAGGAGCCCCUGCGGCUUGAAGGUAGAUUCUUUGCCUUUGUUACCUCCUCUGGCUGUGGAUUCAAACUGCCUGUAGCCUCUGAAUUUCUGGGUUAGCUGGUCCAGAUUUUUUUUAUAGUCAGUAAAAA